UUUGUUAUGAGAUUUAGUUUGAGAAUGAACUUAAGUGAGCUGUGCAAGCUUUACAGUGACAGGAACCCAUGGGAGCCUGUAUGGAGAUGCCGGAAGGUGACCAUAACCCUGCAGAGACACUGGAAGUUGAUACAUGCCCUUGACUUGUUUGAAGAGGAAGGAGGUGACAUGUUAGAACCAGUUUAUGAUGUUUAUUGUGAUGAAAUUGAAGAAGUGGACUUUCUUUCAAUUCAGGAAGAAUCUUUAAUGAUUCAAGGAAUGAUGGCAAUAACUAAGGAAGAAGGACAAGAUUGCAGGAGUCAUUCUUUAAGGGAAGACAACCAAGAAAAAAAAUCUCUAGCUGACAGCAAGAUAAUUGGUUACACAUUUGCUGAGAAAUUUGAAGCUAAAAGGCAAGAGGCAAGAGUCAUAUAUGCUGUUCUAAAUAAGCUGUCGGGAGAAGAACAAAAUGGAGAAAAUUCUAUGCAACCUAAUGAAAAUCUGCAGCUAUUAGAAGAUAUUAAAGGGUCAGAAAUAAGGAACUACCAGAAGGGAUGCUUCCAAUGUUGAAUUUUCAACAGGCCUUUGAUUUUAUUCCAGCAGCAUGUUUAACUAAUCUGCCUACCAACAAGAUUGAAUUAUACACAAAAAUGGCAGACUUCUUUGCUUGUUCUAAAAUCUCAGAUGCCACACAAGUUGUUGAUUUAUUUCUGGAAGAGGUGGUGAGACUACAUUGUAUUCCAACAUCCAUUGUUUGUUAUAGGGGUGUAAAGUUUAAGGGAUAUUUUUGGAGGACUUCAUGGAAGAAAACUGCUCCAGAUAAAUAUACAUUUGACAGCACCUGGAUUGCAGAAGGAAAAUUCAGAAAAAUUGGUCCAGAUAAAGUCUUUCCAUUUGAACCAAGUUAAAUUUCCAACCCAGGGAGAAUGAUGCAGGAGCAUGAAGUUUUUUUUUAAUUACUUGUUUUAGUUUGAGUUUUGUUUGGAGUCUAAGUUUUAAUUGUAGGAAAGUCAUGUGGAUAACUUGUGAUUUCUAAUUAGGACUAGAAUUAGUAGGUUACUAGAAGUUCAAAUUAGUACUGGAUUAGGAUUCUUGGCUGCUGUUAGUAUAUAAUUAUAUAUAGUUAUCUUUAGAUCUCUAAAUCAGCUUUUGUUAUGAGAUUUUAGCUUGAGAAUAAACUUAAGAUUGAAACCUAAGUUUUCUUGGUUCCAUCUUUAAUUUUACGGAGUUCUUAGUUUUUGUUUGUUCUACCCCUACCUUCCCUGCAUCACAUAGCCUUAAAAUUAUAAAAAAAAAAAAAGAAAAAAAAGAAAAGAAAAACUAAUUGAAGUUAACCUAGGUCUUAAAUAAUCAGGACUCAGUUCUAUGUCAUGCACAUUAGAAUGGCUCAGCUAGUUGUCAUGAAGGUCCAAUUUUGUUUCUUUUUUAUGCUUGUUUGUACAAUUGGAAUUAUUGAUAUAGAAAAGAAAAUUGACAAUUGAAA